AUGGUGACUUGCUCUCUUCUAAAACUCUAAAAAAACAAAAGUUUCUAGAUACACUUAAAAAUUAAACAAAACGAUGAAAAAGAAACUUUGAAACCAAAAUUAACGGAUUUGGAAGGAAAAAAAGCCGACGAAAUUGGGCUGAAUAUAAUAUUCGGAUAUGAUCGAAAAAUCAAUAAAGAGGAUUCGUGUUCAACUGAAAGUCAAUCAAAAGGCAAACCAUUUGCUGAAGAAGACUUUGAAAAUGACUCGGAAAAUGUGCGAAGUCCAAAAAUACACAAAGAUCCUCACCCAGGAAGAAUUGAAGCCGAAGCACUCGAUCAACAAUUCAAAAGUUAUAACUACGCUGAAGUCAAUGAUCGAUCGCAUUUAUUUUUGAUCUUAUCAGCCGCAACAGAUUAUAUCGAUCUAGUUCAUUUCAUAAUAUAUUUCCAGAAUCAUGGUGGUAUCUAUUCCCUUGUCCCAUACAUUCUUUUCCUUGUUAUCAUCGUAUUUCCUGUGAGCAUUUUUGAAGUUGCACUUGCACAAUAUUCUUCUUUGCCACUAUUCUCGAUGUUUAAUCAUAUGGCAAAGAUGUUGGGUGGAAUUCCGAUUGUUAUGUUGAUUACACGAGUUUUGUAUUUGACGCAUGUUGCACUUCGGCCGAAACUUUAUAGUUAUACUUAUCAUUUGAUUUAUAGUUUGUUGAUUGAUGAUUCGAAUUGGAUGCAUUGUAGUCAUUUUGAUGGAGUUGGUGGGUGGAGAUUCAAAAGUUUCGCGUGCAAAUAUUAAUUUUUUGAAUUUUCAUAAUUUCGCGCAAAAUAUGAAAUUUUGAAACAAUCGCAGAUAAAUUUGAAUUGUUGAAUUUUCAAAAUUUCGUGCCAAAAUUUGAAUUUUUUAAUUUCGCUGCGAAAUUUGCAUUUCUAACAGUUCGAGUCAAAUAUUAAACUUAAAAAUUUUUUGAAUUUUCUUAAUCUCGCGCCAAAUUUUGUUUAGCCAAAAGUUCCCAGGGUUACUGUGAUCUUGGAAAUUUCAGAUCUGAAUUCCAAUUUCCCCAGGGUUACUGUAGUUUCCGAAUUUUUCGAUCUGAAUUCCAAUUUCCCCAGGGUUACUGUAGUUUCCGAAUUUUUCGAUCUUAAUCCCAUUUUGCUGAGGGUUACGGUAGUUUUGGAAUUUUCUAGAUCUGAACACAAAAUUUCACAGGAUUACUCUUGUUUUGGAAAUUUUCAGAUCUGAAUUCCAAUUUUCAUAGGUUUACUGUAGUUUGGAAUUUUCAAAAAUUUUCACAAUUUCGCGCUAAAAUUUCAAAAUUCUCAUUUUCAGCUUGCUAUGAUCCAUCUGUACAUUGUCGUAUAAACGAAGAUCAAGUCUCUGGUUUAUGUGAACCUGAAGCAGAUCCUGAAGUCGCUGCUUCAUAUAAACGACACUAUUCCAGAAUCCACAAUUUGCCAUAUUUCGGGCUCAGCGGAACACAAAUCACAAGUUUCGCAAAAAUCUACGAUGAAUCUGAUCUUCUCGCAAGCACCUUUCUAUUCUUCGUUGUUCUUGGUGUCGCCUUCAAUUUCGGUUAUAAACAUGUUGCGAGAUUCUCCCCGAUGCUUGUAUUGAUUCCGAUUGUCUCAUUGCUACCAAUCUGUAUGAUGGUUCUCGAAAACGCCGAUGAUGAUAUCUUUGAGAAUAUUGAGAUGAGAGAUGAUGUCAGCAAAUUAUUGCAUUAUGCCACGUAUUUUCGAGCGUUUGUAGAGGCUUUUAAUACAAUGCGAUUGGGACAAGGAAAUUUAUUGACUUUUGGGAGUAAAGUUAAAUUUCAUCACAAUUUUAUCAAGUAAGUAAAAGUAUUACUUGUUCCAAGUCUUCAAAAAUGGUUUUUUUCUAGAGAUUUGAUAAGUAGCGUCCUGUUCGGUGUUGGAUAUCGUCUCUUUUUCGUCAUGACCUUCCUACCAGUCUUCUACGCUUGUCAAAUGUUCCUAUAUCCCUACAAUCCUGAACCAUUCACCGAACUCACCGAAAGAAUACAUAUUCUCGAAAUACUUUAUAGUGGUUUACCAAUAAUUAUUGAAAACGAUGGAAAACUUUAUAUAGCAUGUGUCGCUUUGUUUUUCGGCACAAUUAAUACAGCAAUAUUUGCCAAUGGCAUUGUGACUCUCGAAAUUUUGAAGUCAUGUAUUUACAAUAUUCUGCCUCGAUUAUCAUAUACAAAUAGUAGAAUUGUUCAAGCGAUUAGUAUUAUCUUAUUCACUUCGUUGUUAAUGCUUCAUGAAUGGUAUUCGAUUUAUGUAAGUUUUGAAUAUCUUCACCUUUUCAUGCUGAAAUCAUAUAUUGAUUUCAGAUAACCUUCGCAUCAUAUCACGAUUUCAGUGAUUUGAAAAAUCAAUUUAAUGAUGGAUUAAUUGGAAGUGUUUUCAUAACUGCAGUUUUUAUGAUGAUUGGUGUGAGAUUUGUAUAUGGUGAACAACGAUUAUAUGUUAAUUGUUUGGUGAGAAAAAGCCUUAGCCUAACUAAGACUAAGCCUAACUAA